GAAAACAUCACUCAGGCAGCUGCUGCUGCAGUAACGACCAGGUCACCAUGGAAACGCCAUGGUAGACACACAGAGAGAUGACUGAAAGCUGACAGGUGUCAAUCAUCAGUGUACAAUCAGUGAUGGAGUUCCCCCAGCAUUCUCAGCAGCUGCUGUCAGCUCUGCGUUCCCAGCGUCAGCGGGGCUUCCUCUGUGACUGCACCGUCCUGGUGGGCUCAUCCCGUUUCCUGGCUCACCGGGCUGUUUUGGCCUCCUGUUCUCCUUUCUUCCACAUGUUCUACUCAGAUUCUCCGGGCAGCAAUGGUGCAAACAGCGCCAGCAGCUCUGUCACACUCGACAGUGACAUUGUCACGGCCGCUGCAUUUGGCUUACUCUUGGACUUUGUGUAUGAAGGCGUGCUGCAGCUGGAGGAGUCUCCACCAGUGGAAGACAUAUUGGCAGCGGCAAGCUUCCUGCACAUGAACGAGGUGGUGAGAGUGUGCAAGAGGCGACUUCAGAGACGAGGGCCUGUGGCCGAGGCAGACAGCACUCGCUCUGAAGAGAGCACUAGUGCAAAGAAGGCAGCGGAGAUAGUGAGGGGAGGUGGGGGUGAUGGUGGAGCUCGGCCAGUGAUGGCAGCAGAUCACUUGAGUCCUGUUGCCAUGGCAGCGCCGCUCUCAUCUGUGUCCAUGAUGACAGAGAGGAGUCUGUUGGAGUCUGUGAAGUCUGAAUGCAGGAAUGGUGGCAGUUCUUCAGAGACACGAGUUCAGACCCCUCUGAGCCCUGACCUCGCUGAUACCACACAGCCCGGCAUGGACGGCCCUCCUCUGCUCCCAGCUAGAGAGCUGAUGCAGGGCCACACCUCACGUCAGUCUGCCCCGGCCUCUGGAGGGCACGCCAGGUUGGGGACUAGCAGUCAGGGUGAGGGGUCAGCACUCUGCAGCCCUUGCAGCACCACUGAGACAUACAGUCACAGCAGUAACCAGUUGCCCUCCUCCUCUUCCUCUCUGGUCCCAGUGAAUCAGGCUGGUGGUCGGUCAGCAGUCGCCCUUCUCCAGUCAGAAUCCUGCUUUUCCCCCAGCCCCCUUCAUGACACAUCCCGACUUCCCAGUAACAAUAACUCUGUUAGAAAACCCUCAGAGACUGACCGCAGAGGUACAUCAGACGACGAACAACAGAUGGUCAUGUUAAUCCACGCAUCAGCGCCACCCUCACACUUACAAACCAACCUGACGCAAUCGUCGCCGCUGCAUUCACAUCCCCAGAUCCAAAUCCAGAGCGCUGUGUCACUCCAACUCCGAAGCCCAAACUUUGACUCUGCUUCCCAGACCCAAAUGAUGACAGGACACAGAAGGGAGACGGGAGUUUCACCAACAGUUAGGGAUCGAAGAUCUCACCCUCAUAUGGGCAGGGUGAGGAUGGAGGACUAUGACGGAGAGAACGUGAAAGUCAAAGUGGAGGCCAUUGUUAUCUCUGAUGAAGAGCUAGAGGAAGAAAGAGAUGAAGGUGGAAAGAGUGAACCAGUGAUGGAAGUGGACAAUGAUUUUGACGAUGACAUGCAGGAAGAGGAGCUGAACAGCCCUCAGCAUCUUUCCUCCCGCUCACAGGGCCUCUUACAAAUGGCCUCCCAUUCCAAUGACUACUCCUUCCCACUCUCCCCUUCCUCCUCCUCCUCUGGUGCUGGUCCUUCCUCCCAGGACGCUUCCUCUUACACUGCCUCCCUCAUUCCUCCAUCCACAGCCCAGCAGCAUUCAGACGCACCUGCCUACUUUCAGGAUUUCCAGGACACCAUGGGGAACUUUGUAGAGGAUGUCCCGACGUGCGGCGUGUGCGGAAAGACUUUCUCAUGCACAUACACACUAAGACGCCACGCCAUUGUGCACACAAGAGAGCGCCCUUACGAGUGCCGUUACUGCUACCGGAGCUACACACAGUCAGGCGACCUGUAUCGACACAUUCGCAAAGCUCAUGACCACACCCUGCCAGCCAAACGCAGUAAGACGGAUGUGGAGCACAUCCUGCCACCACAACCACCACCACCACCUCUCAGCUAACAUACAAACAGACACUUUAUUGAAUUUCUAUACUUAAACACACACAGCUAAACUUUGAGGUGAUAUCCCAAUAGUUCAAAUUCUCACUUUACAGGACGGGUUCACAAUUUUUCAAGUCUCUUAAAACAGUCAGGUGUCCAAAUGAACAUUGAAACUGGAUUUGCUUGCUGUCCUCCUGUUUAACUGGCUAAAAUUAGUGAUGGAGGAUAAAAUCCACUGUCCUCCCUUUGCACAAAAGUGUAUUUAAUAGUUUAUCUGAAACUAAUAUGAAGUUUUCAUCAUUUUAAGUUAGUCAAAUGAGGUACAUAUCUUUCGCAGUUAGUCUUUUUAGUAAAAAAUAAACCUUCUGUAUGUCUUGACAGUGUUUUCCUGCUCAGCUGCAGUGGAAGUAUACUGUAAUAACAAAAAUAGGGAAUUUGGCACUAAAAAUACUUUAAAGAGCCUAUAUGUAAGAAUUUUAGCUUAAAACAAAACAUAAAUUAAUGUAAAUUACCAGAAUGUGAAGAAAUAAGUUUUGACAUUAUGUCAAAGACAUCCAUGUAUUGUGUCUACUUAAAGCGAUGGUUCGGCAUAAUUUCGAACUAGCGUCAUAUGCACCAUGAGGUCUAUCUAAUCACAGCCUCAGCCCUUUUUUUUCAUUUGGUCACAAAAUAGUGGAGUUAGAGCCAUCAGCCGAAUGGCUUAGUACAGGCGCUAACGGAACCACCAGUGUAUCUCGAAAAUUACCCCACUAAUAAUGCCUGGAUUGUUAUCAAACUUCUACAGUAGUACCAAUAGGGUCUUUACUCAUAAAUCGAUUCAUUAGAAAGUUUGUAAGUACACCGGGAGUUUAUUAAAAUAAACACUUACCUGAUGGCUUUUACUCUGCUGCUACUGCUAAAGCUGUAAACAUCUUGCGCGAUCACUGAAAUACUGUGUGGUUGCGCGAGAUCCCGCACAGCACAUCUAGAGAUCUGUGACGCUAGGUCGAAAUUACGCCGAACCAUCGCUUUAAGUUAUCAUGCUAACCAGCUAACCUCGACCUGUCUGACCACUUUGUACCUCAAGAGGCAAUUGUGAGUCACUCGGUGAGCGAGGAUACAGGAGCAGCCUCCAUGGAAGUCCUUUACUGGCCGACACACCUUUAUUGAUUGAUUGGCUGUUGCAGCUGAUCAGACUGAUCUACAAAUUACUGCAGUUUGACACUGAAGUGAAGACAGAUUACAGAAUAAACUCAAGUGUGUCACUCCAAAUGAUCUUAUCACUUUGAAAAAUGACCAGGGUAUCUGCAAGUCUUCAAAGUAUAAAUUAGUUUCAGAAAUAUCAGACUAUAAUUUAUGCCCUAAAUUCAAUGUAAACAUUUUAUCUUAUGUUAUUCAUUCAGUUAUUUUAAGUCUCUACCUAAUGUCCCCCCCAAUGCUUACCUCGAUACUUACAUACACUACAAACUUUAUACUUGCUUGAUAGCAUAAGGUAUAAAAUGAAAUGAAAUGACUGAGAUUACUGAAUGUGAGCCCAUCAACAAGUCUCACUCUCUAUUUAAAAAUGUGCUUAUCGGCUCAAACCAUCAUGCUCAAUUUGUGCAAAUAUAUAUACUUAAUAUUUUUAUAUUUUCAACCACAACACAGACACUCGUUUUAUUCUACUGAGGACAUUUGAGACCACAGGUACAGAAAUACAAGAACACACACACGCACGCACACACACACACACAGAGUGAACACCAGGGGUGUGGCAUCAGCAUCAGCACUCAUUUAUCAUACUUUAUGUUAAUGUUUGACUGUUUCCUCCAGUUUGUCUCCAUAGAAACACUUAAACUGAUCUCAUAUGUGUGCUGUUGUACUACUCUUUUUACAUUUAGAGAGGCGUUUUUAAAAAAUAUCUUUAUUAUUCGUACAUUUAUACAUUUAAACACUUUUAACACAUUUCAUGACUGUCAGAGGUGAUCAUCCAGGAGAAUUAUGUUUCACAUUAUACACAAAGGGAAAAAUCUAUUAUCUAUCCUGUUGUAUGAUGUUAUUUUAUCAAAUACACCAAUUUUAAUUUGUUUGACUGUCUUAUUGUGCCAGCAACGUUUGACUGAUUGCAGUUGUUGUAGUACUGUACGGUUUAAUGUUUUAUUUAAAGGAAAAAAAAUAUGUAAUUUUCCCUCAUAUUGUCAAAUUAGAUCCAUUUUCUAGGGGCUUCACCCUUUUUACCAUCAGUUUUAUAUCCGUUUUUAUAAGGCCACGUCAUCAAUAGCGCACAUAUAUUUUUGAUGAAGUAGCGAGUUAAUUGUACCAAACGGCCUCUGAUUUGCCUUCUCAACUCCUAACAGGGGAGUCAAAUCUGAUUAGGAAGAUUUCUUACUGAGACAAAAAUAUAAAAGUGGCAGCAAUAGUAUGAUGCUAAAUCCUAAGGAAAGGUGCUUCCUGUCUUUUUUAGAAAACAAAAAACAAAGGUUGCAAUUUUACAAUCCUUUGUUUCAGCAGUGACAAACUACUUCUAUACAUUAGCCUUA